AUGUGGCAUGCGACUGCAUAAAAAUCUGCAUUUCACUAAUGUCAUCCAGAUCCACCGCGAAAUAGAAACCCCAGUUUCCAAACUUGAAUGUAGAGAGUAGAGAGUGUGAAUGGGGGUUGGCUCAUUUGUUCGCCAGCGUAAUUGACGCUAUCAGACUCACUCUUUCCCCAUUUCUGCUGCUUAUUGUAGUUAAACAAAGUCAUGUAAUUUGAAUCGGUUUAUUUUGGGUUAUUGUGAAUCCGCUUGAUGAAUGGCUGUGACUAAAGUUAUGUGAUGAUGUCUUGCUCUUCUUCGUUCUGUUGUUGAACCAUAUUUCGCAUUUAGGGGAUGAAUAAGUAGUUGCAUUAAGUUGCGGGUAGGUUUAAUGCGUUUUAGGGUUUUGAAGGGAUAAAUUAGGAUAUGGAAGAGCGUCGUUUUUUUCCUAAAUGUUUGAUUGCAGUGAGUUUUACCUUUGCUGAUGGCCACAGAGAAAAUGUCAUCUAAUGGGCACUGUUUUAGACGAAAACCACGCCAGCCAGUUGCUGCAAAUUUGGACAUUGACUCACUGCUUGAUGAAAAUUUAGAGCAAUGGCCACAUCUAAAUGAACUUGUUCAAUGCUACAAGACUGAUUGGAUUAAAGAUGAAAACAAGUAUGGGCACUAUGAAAGUGUUGGCAGUAUAUCCUUUCAGAACCAGAUAUUUGAAGGGCCUGAUACCGAUAUUGAAACAGAAAUGCAUCUUGCCAAUGCUAGGCAAGAUAAGAUUGAAGACAUCACUGAUGAUGAUGUACCCAGUACCUCUGGUAGACAGCUUACAGAGCACUAUGGUGAAUCCCCCUUGCCUGCUUAUGAACCUGUAUUUGACUGGGAAAAUGAGAGGUCAAUCAUAUUUGGACAAAGAAUUCCAGAAUCUAAUAUGCCACAGUCUUCAAGUGGGUUGAAGAUUUCUGUAAAAGUUCUUUCCCUGUCAUUUCAAGCAGGAUUAGUUGAGCCGUUUUAUGGCACUAUAUCAUUGUAUAAUAAAGAGAGAAGAGAAAAGCUCUCAGAGGACUUCAUUUUUCGUGUUCUACCUUCUGAAAUGCAAGAUGCCAGCAGUUCCUCUGAAUCGCGUGGACUUUUCUAUUUAGAUGCCCCGUCAUCAUCAAUCUGUCUGCUUAUACAAUUAGAAAAGUGUGCUACUGAAGAAGGCGGAGUGACUCCAUCUGUUUAUUCACGAAAGGAACCAGUCCAUCUGACUGAAAGAGAGAAGCAAAAACUACAAGUUUGGUCUCGGAUGAUGCCUUACAGAGAGGCUUUCUCAUGGGCAAUUAUCCCACUAUUUGAUAGCAACAUUGGUUCAACAUCUAAUGGAUCUGCUUCUCCAAGUAGCCCACUUGCUCAUAGUCUUUCAGGAGUUAAUUUGCAAGAGGGUGGUGUCUCUGAGCCUAUUGCAAAAGUCACAUCAGAUGGUCAACUCGGUUACUCAAGUGGAAAUUCUGUUGUGGUUGAAGUUUCAAACCUAAAUAAAGUUAAAGAGAGCUAUACUGAAGAUUCUCUCCAGGAUCCCAAAAGGAAGGUUCAUAAGCCUGUGAAAGGUGUCUUAAGGUUGGAAAUAGAAAAACUUCAAGCUGCUAACACCGAAUAUGACAAUGCUUCAGAGAGUGGCAGUAUAGCCAAUGAAGUUGACCAUGGGGGUCAACUAACUGAUUCCACAGUCAACGAAUGGCGCAACAUACAUUCAAAUAGACAUAAGGAACAAACCUUAAACGGAUCAAACUCAACAGGACAUGCAGAUUUGACUGCUAAUGAUGUUCAAGCUUUUGACUUCCGUACAACAAUAAGAAACGAGCCUUUCUUGCAGCUUUUUCACUGUCUUUAUGUCUACCCACUGACUGUUAGUUUAAGUCGAAAAAGGAACUUGUUCAUACGAAUUGAGCUUAGAAAAGAUGAUGCCGAUGCUCGAAAACAGUCACUAGAGGCAAUGUAUGCAAGGGAGCCGGGGUCGACCUUACAAAAGUGGGCCCACACACAAGUUGCUCCUGGAAGUAGGGUGGCUUGCUACCAUGAUGAAAUUAAAGUUUCACUACCCUCAAUGUGGACCCCACAACAUCACCUUCUGUUCACUUUCUUCCAUAUUGAUCUUCAGACAAAGUUGGAGGCUCCAAAGCCAGUAAUAAUUGGAUAUGCUGCUCUUCCUUUAUCAACACAUGCUCAGUUAAGAUCUGAAAUCUCUCUACCAAUUAUGAAAGAGUUGGUCCCACACUAUCUUCAAGAUACUGGCAAGGAGAGGCUGGAUUACCUGGAAGAUGGGAAAAAUGUGUUCCGAUUAAGGUUACGCCUUUGUUCAUCAUUGUACCCUAUUAGUGAACGUAUUCGCGAUUUCUUCCUUGAAUAUGAUAGACAUACUCUUCGUACAAGCCCACCUUGGGGUUCUGAACUCCUUGAGGCAAUCAACAGUUUGAAAAAUGUCGACUCAACUGCUCUGCUACAGUUUCUUCAUCCAAUAUUGAAUAUGCUUCUACAUCUUAUUGGCAAUGGUGGAGAAACCCUCCAGGUUGCUGCUUUCAGAGCUAUGGUUAAUAUUUUGACUAGAGUGCAGCAAGAGUCUGUUGAUGAAGCUGAAAGAAAUGUAUAUCUGGUGAACUAUGUGGAUUAUGCUUUCGAUGAUUUUGGUGGUAGACAAACUCCAGUGUAUCCUGGUUUGUCAACAGUUUGGGGAAGUUUGGCUCGUAGCAAGGCCAAAGGCUACAGGGUGGGACCAGUGUAUGAUGAUGUGCUAUCAAUGGCUUGGUUUUUCCUUGAAUUGAUUGUGAAGUCAAUGGCACUAGAGCAGACUCGACUGUUGUACAACAAUCUAUCACUAGGUGAAGAUAUCCCACCGAUGCAGUUGAAAGAAGGUGUGUUUAGAUGCAUCAUGCAGUUAUAUGAUUGUCUUCUGACCGAGGUGCAUGAACGCUGUAAAAGGGGGUUAAGUUUAGCAAAACGUUUAAACAGCAGUUUGGCUUUCUUUUGUUAUGAUCUUUUGUCAACCAUUGAGCCUCGACAAGUUUUUGAAUUGGUAUCCUUAUACCUGGAUAAGUUCUCUGGGGUAUGUCAAUCAGUUUUGCAUGAGUGCAAGCUUACGUUUCUACAAAUCAUUUGUGAUCAUGACCUGUUUGUUGAAAUGCCUGGGAGGGAUCCUUCUGAUAGGAACUACCUUUCGUCUGUAUUAAUUCAAGAACUUUUCCUUACUUGGGAUCAUGAUGAUUUAUCCCAGCGUGCAAAAGCUGCAAGGAUUUUGGUAGUCCUUUUAUGUAAGCAUGAUUGUGAUUCUCGCUACCAGAAGCCUGAAGAUAAAUUGUAUAUAGCCCAGCUAUAUUUUCCUCUUGUGGGACAGAUACUGGAUGAAAUGCCUGUAUUUUAUAACCUGAAUGCUGUUGAAAAGCGUGAAGUGUUGAUUGUUGUUUUGCAAAUAUUACGUAAUUUGGAUGAUGCAUCACUUGUAAAAGCCUGGCAGCAAAAUAUUGCUCGGACAAGACUAUUUUUCAAAUUACUUGAGGAAUGCCUAACUCUUUUUGAGCAUAGAAAAAGUGUUGAUAGCUUGCUUAUAGGCGGCAGUUCACGGAGCCCAGUUGCUGAAGCACCUAUGUCUCCAAAAUACUCUGAUAGGCUCUCACCUGCCAUUAAUCAGUAUCUAUCCGAGGCAUCUCGUCAAGAAAUUCGGCCACAAGGUGCAUCCGAAAAUGGAUAUUUGUGGCAAAGAGUGAACUCCCAGCUCAGCUCCCCUAGCCAACCCUUCUCCUUGAGAGAAGCUUUGGCUCAAGCACAAUCCUCUAGAAUUGGAGCUUCAACACAAGCACUGAGAGAAUCACUGCAUCCAGUUUUGAGGCAAAAACUUGAACUUUGGGAAGAAAACCUCAGUGCUGCUAUUAGUCUCCAAAUACUGGAAAUAACAGAGAAAUUCUCCAAAGCUGCAGCAUCACAUAGCAUUGCAACUGAUUAUGGAAAGUUGGAUUGCAUGACAUCCAUAUUCACCAGUAUCUUCUCCCGAAGUCAACCACUAGCAUUCUGGAAAUCCCUAUUCCCAGUAUUCAACAAUGUGUUUCAGCUUCAUGGGGCAACACUAAUGGCAAGGGAAAACGAUCGUUUCUUAAAGCAAAUUGCUUUCCAUCUUCUCAGGCUUGCAGUUUUCCGUAAUGAAAAUAUCAGAAAAAGAGCUGUCAUAGGGUUACAGAUCCUUGUCAGGAGCUCUUUCUCACACUUCACACAGACAGCAAGAUUGAGGGCCAUGCUUACAAUCACAUUAUCAGAACUCAUGUCUGAUGUCCAAGUGACUCAAAUGAAGUCUGAUGGAACCCUUGAAGAAAGUGGUGAAGCACGCCGUCUUCGAAAAUCACUAGAGGAAAUGGCAGAUGAAAGCAAAAGUGGAAAGUCACUAACCGAAUGCGGCCUUCCAGAAACUUCACUUGUUGACAUCCCCGAAAAGUCAACAGAAAGUAAAUGGUCAUGGUCAGAGGUGAAGUUUUUAUCCAACAGCCUCCUUCUUGCUCUCGAUGCUAGUCUGGAACACGCACUUCUGGGAUCACUUAUGAACACAGAUAGAUAUGCUGCUGCUGAAAGCUUCUAUAAGCUUGCAAUGGCGUUUGCUCCAGUGCCAGAUCUUCAUAUAAUGUGGUUAUUACAUCUUUGUGAUGCACAUCAGGAGAUGCAAUCAUGGGCUGAAGCCGCUCAAUGUGCAGUUGCUGUUGCUGGUGUUGUUAUGCAGGCUCUUGUGAGCAGAAACGAUGGAGUUUGGAGCAACAACCACGUGACUGCACUCCGCAAAAUCUGUCCUAUGGUGAGCACAGAGAUCACAUCAGAAACCUCAGCAGCAGAAGUGGAAGGAUAUGGUGCAUCAAAACUAACAGUGGAUUCAGCUGUGAAAUACUUACAGCUGGCAAACAAACUUUUCUCACAAGCUGAACUCUAUCACUUCUGUGGAAGCAUUCUGGAACUUGUAAUUCCAGUUUACAAAAGCAGAAGAUCAUACGGACAGCUGGCAAAAUGCCACAGUAUGCUCACAAACAUCUACGAGUCAAUCCUUGAACAAGAAUCAAGCCCAAUCCCAUUCACAGAUGCCACAUAUUACCGAGUUGGAUUUUACGGGGAUAAAUUCGGAAAACUUGAUAAAAAAGAAUAUGUCUACAGAGAGCCUCGUGAUGUUCGGUUAGGUGACAUAAUGGAAAAACUUAGUCAUAUAUACGAGUUGCGUAUGGAUGGUAAUCACACUCUGCAUAUAAUCCCGGAUUCUAGACAAGUAAAAGCAGAAGAGUUACAGCCUGGCGUAUGUUAUCUCCAAAUCACAGCUGUUGAUCCGGUCAUGGAAGAUGAAGAUUUAGGAAGCAGAAGGGAGAGGAUUUUUUCACUUUCUACUGGUUCUGUUCGUGCGCGUGUUUUUGACAGGUUUCUGUUCGAUACUCCUUUUACUAAAAAUGGUAAGACACAAGGUGGAUUGGAAGAUCAGUGGAAAAGGAGGACAGUGGUUCAAACACAAGGUUCUUUUCCUGCUUUAGUGAAUCGGCUUUUGGUUACGAAAUCAGAGUCUCUUGAGUUUUCACCAGUGGAGAAUGCGAUUGGUAUGAUCGAAACACGAACUGCUGCUUUGAGAAAUGAACUGGAAGAGCCCAGGAGCUCUGAUGGUGAUCAGCUUCCACGUCUCCAGAGUUUACAGAGGAUACUUCAGGGAUCCGUUGCAGUUCAAGUGAACAGUGGUGUCUUGAGUGUGUGCACAGCUUUCUUAUCGGGUGAGCCUGCAACAAGACUUAGAUCGCAAGAGUUGCAGCAACUGAUUGCUGCUCUUCUUGAAUUCAUGGCUGUGUGUAAGAGAGCUAUACGAGUGCAUUUUAGACUAAUUGGGGAUGAAGAUCAAGAUUUCCACACACAGUUGGUCAAUGGCUUUCAGUCACUCACGGCUGAGUUGUCACAUUACAUCCCUGCAAUUCUUUCCGAGCUCUGAUUGAUUGUAUCCAUGGUGUUGGUGUUUUUGUGUUUGUGUUUGGUUUUGUGGUUUGUCUGUUUGUGUUUUCACUCAUUUCUUCAUGUAUUAUGGUUGAAUGUUGAUAAUGUUUGAAUAGGAUUGGGUUCAUAGGUUUGGAUUUUGUUGAACACAAUUUCUUGUAAUUGUAUAUUUUUUUUUGCUUAAAAUCUCCAUAUUUGGGUUUGAGUUUAA